AUGGCAGAUUGGGAGAAACUGUCGUCUGGAAGUCAAACCCUAUGCGUAUCACCAUGGCUGUCAGAAUCAGCCGCCCAAGCCAACUGUGAUCGCCAGAACCGCCGUAGGCCCUCAACCCUGCUCCCUUUCCUGGUAUUGUGGUCAGACGCACUGGCUCAGCUGUGCGCAGCUGCGACCGCUGCCAGGUCAGCUUCAGCCACUGUAGAUUACGUCACUGGAGGCAGGUUCAGGAGAAAUCACCAACAAUAUCCGCACUGCUACUCGUAG